AAAAACACACGUGCUGAUUCAGCGGUCGGCACGUCAGUUGUUGAUGCCUUCCAAGUAGCCUACGAUGCACGCAGCAGCUGUGCAUAAAAUGGAAAACACUCGUCAAUGAAGUGAAAUAGAUGUUCUUCUACUAAAUGGAUGUGACUGAAACAACUCGAUGUGGAAUUUCUUGCAUUUUAAUUGUGUUUUACGCAGCUUGCUAAAAUGAGUUUUCAAAGAUGUGUUAGUGUUUUUGCUUUCCUCGUUGGGAUUUAUGAAACAAGUGGUCUAGGACAUCUCCAGCCAUUCAUGCCAAAUGUAUGUGUGCAGCAAGAAAAGGUGUUGCGCCACAACAGGCAACCUUGUGUCCAGACCUACACCAGGAUGGUCAAGGUGUGGAGACAGGGAUGCACAGGACACUCCUGGUGUAUGGGCUAUGAAAGAAGGACUGCGUAUUAUAUUGGCUACCGACAGGUGUACAGACAAGAGUAUCAGACGGUGUACAAGUGCUGCUCAGGAUGGACACAGCUCAAUGGAGAGGUCGGGUGCCUGUACCCUGCCUGUAGCUAUGGGAUCUGUUUCAAUGGUGGCAAGUGCAAAGAAGACGCCACCAGAAUUUGUGAGUGUACUCCAGGAUUUAAAGGACCCCACUGCCAGUAUGAUGUGAACGAGUGUGAGGAGUCUGAUGGUGGCUGUGAGGGCUCCUGCUGCAACACCAUUGGUAGUUACUACUGCAAGUGUCCCAGUGGCCUGCAGCUCCAUGAGGACCGCAAGGCCUGCCAAGAUGUUGAUGAGUGUCAGGUCCACAAUGGAGGCUGCCAGCACAGGUGCGUCAACACCAGAGGCUCCUACUACUGCGAGUGCAACCCCGGCUCACGCCUUCACACUGACGGACGCACCUGCAUAGCUGUGCAGUCCUGUGCGGUGGGUAAUGGUGGCUGUGAGCAGGAGUGUGUGCAGUUAUCUCAGGCUCACUUCCAGUGCCGAUGCAGACACAACUACCAGCUAGCCCCCGACGGCAAACGCUGCAAAGUGAGGAACCCCUGCGCGGACCGCAAUGGCGGCUGCAUGCACAAGUGCCUCAGCGAGGGAGGCCGCGUCCGCUGUGAGUGCAACCGGGGAUACUUGCUCGCCGAGGACGACAGAAGCUGCGAAGAUGUUGACGAGUGUGAGACUGGGCAGUCAGGCUGUGCCCACGGCUGCCUCAACACCCCCGGCUCCUUCGGCUGUGUGUGUGAUGCGGGCUACGAGCUGGGCUCAGACACCAGGAGGUGCUUCCGUAUUGAAAUGGAGAUCAUCAACGGCUGCGAGACAGGAAACGGCGGCUGCUCCCACCGAUGUCAGCACUCCACCCUCGGACCCGUCUGCAGCUGUAACCAUGGCUACACGCUGGACGACGACCUCAAGACCUGUUUGGACCUUGACGAAUGUGUGGAAGGGAGCUCGUGCUGUGAGCAGGACUGCACCAAUUACCCCGGGGGCUACGAGUGCUACUGCCGCGCCGGUUACCGUGUCAACGCAGACGGGUGUGGCUGCGACGAUGUGGACGAGUGCCUGUCUGAUCAUGGGGGUUGUGAGCACAGCUGUCAGAACACCGCGGGCUCCUACUUAUGCUACUGCCACAUCGGACACCGGCUAGCAGACGACCGACACUCCUGCAUCCCCCUAGAGGGUUCGGUGGAGGCCCUGUCUAGUCGCCGUGCGGUGGAGCGGCGGCUGCCUCAGCUGACCCUGCUGCGGGACUUUGCCCAGCCGCUGGAGCGCUACACUGACUACGAGGAGGACGGAGUGGGGGAGCUACGGGCCGAGAGCACCAUCGCAGAGAAGUUUGUGUGUUUGGAUGAAACCUUUGGCCAUGACUGCAGUUUGACGUGUGAGGACUGCUCCAACGGCGGCUCAUGUAACCUGGAUAGGGAUGGCUGUGACUGCCCUGAUGGUUGGACCGGGGUCCUUUGCAAUCAGACGUGUCCAGAGGGGAUGUUUGGGAGGAACUGCUCCUUCAGCUGCAAGUGUAAAAAUGGAGCCACCUGUGACCCAGUGAGCGGACAGUGCAAAUGUCCACCCGGCGUCAGUGGGGACAUGUGCCAGGACGGAUGCCCCAAGGGCUUUUAUGGGAAGUACUGCAACAAGAGGUGUAACUGUGCCAAUAACGGCCGCUGCCAUCGCACCUAUGGGGGAUGCCUUUGUGAUCCGGGGCUCUACGGAAGGUUCUGUCACCUGCCGUGUCCCAAGUGGGCCUAUGGUCCAGGCUGUUCAGAGGAGUGUAAGUGCGUACAGAAGAACACUCUGGAAUGCCAUCGUCGUCAUGGCACCUGUGUGUGCAAAGCAGGCUACCAGGGCAAGACCUGCAGCCAAGAGUGUGAAAGUGGAUAUUAUGGAGUUGGGUGCAAGAGGAAAUGUGACUGUCCAUCGGGAGUGGCCUGUGAUCAUGUGACGGGGAUGUGCCAGCAGCUUUGCCCUCCUGGUCUACGAGGAGACAACUGUGAACUCGAGUGUGCCGUGGGGAGAUAUGGCCAGGGAUGUGUCCACCAGUGUGACUGCUCAGGAGAGGAGUGUGACAAGGUGACGGGGGAGUGCCACUGUCCACCGGGCACCUCCGGAGAGCACUGUGACAUAGAGUGCGUGGAGGGCCACUGGGGCCUUGGCUGUGCCGAGCUGUGUCCUGCGUGUGAGAACGGCGCCGUGUGUGACAGAAUCAACGGCUCAUGUCUCUGCCAGCCGGGAUACGUGGGAAAGCUGUGUGAGCGCGUGUGCCCCGACGGACGUUUCGGGUCAGGGUGCCAGGAGCGGUGCCAGUGUGAGAGUGGGCGGUGCCACCAUGUCAGCGGGCGCUGUGCCUGUGCAGACGGUUGGACCGGGUCGGACUGCACCAGAGCGUGUGAGCCGGGCCGCUGGGGUGCCGACUGUGCCAAGCCGUGUGACUGCAAGACAGGCGACGGGAGCUGCCACCCGCUCACGGGCCAGUGCAACUGUGAGGAGGGCUUUAUCGGGGCUCUCUGCGACCAAGAGUGCCCGGCGGGCUCCUUUGGCCGGGGUUGCCUGAGCCGGUGCCAGUGUGAGAACGGGGCGGCUUGCGACCACGUCAGCGGAUCCUGCACCUGCCUACCAGGCUGGACCGGCACCUACUGCGAGAAACCCUGUCCUGAUGGCUUCCACGGUCUGGAGUGUCAGCAGAAGUGUGACUGCCUGAACGGCGCUCACUGCCACCCGGUGUCUGGAGGCUGCCUCUGCCCUGCUGGCUGGACCAGCCCCCGCUGCUCCACCCCCUGCAAGGCUGGCUCAUAUGGCCUUGGGUGCAACCAGACGUGUGAUUGCCACAAUGGAGCCAGCUGUGACCCCACCAACGGACAGUGCCACUGCACAGCAGGCUGGAUGGGCCCCAGCUGCAAACAAGCAUGCCCUGUGGGGGCGUAUGGGCCGGGUUGCCUCCAGCGCUGCCUGUGCCAGAACGGAGGGAGCUGUGACCGCCUCACUGGCCUCUGCUCAUGUCCCCCAGGAUGGAGCGGAGAAGCCUGCGAACUGGAGUGUGCGGAGGGGAGCUUUGGUCCUGGCUGUGAGCAGGCGUGUGUGUGUGAGAACGGAGGCCAGUGUGACCGUCUCACUGGAAGAUGCUCCUGUCCACCAGGGUGGCUUGGGGAGCGAUGCCAAUCAGCAUGCUCGGUUGGGCUGUACGGGCCAGCGUGCUCUAAGCGGUGCAGGUGUGAGCAGGACGCCCCCUGUGAUCAUGUGACUGGAGUCUGCCAAUGCCCAGCCGGAUGGAGAGGACCACAGUGUGACAGACCCUGUUUGCCAGGCUCCUAUGGUAAGGAGUGUUUGCAGCGCUGCUCGUGUCCACCGGGAGCUUCCUGUAACCAUGUGACUGGGGAGUGCGGCUGUCCUGCUGGAUUCACUGGCAACGGAUGCGAACAGACGUGCCAACCGGGCACCUACGGUCUGAACUGUAACCAGGUGUGCCAGUGUUCCGCUGCCAACCAACUGUGCCACCCCGUCACUGGCCGCUGCUACUGCGCUCCUGGUUACCAUGGUGCCAGCUGUAACAAACAGUGUAAAGAGGGUCGGUAUGGGCCCAAUUGUGAGCGUCGUUGCCAGUGCCUGAACAACGGUGUAUGCCUGCCCACCACUGGCACGUGUGACUGCCCUGCCGGCUACAUAGGAGCCAAUUGCAGCAUCACGUGCCCGGCGGGGCGGUAUGGGAAGGACUGUGCCCAGAUGGCGCUGUGUGGAGAGGGGGCCCGGAGCGACGCCGUCACCGGCAGAUGUGUGUGCAAGGCGGGCCAGCGAGGGGAGGACUGCGGACAAGGUUGUGCUCCUGGUUGGUUCGGAGAGGACUGUGCCCAGCGCUGUAACUGCAGCAAUGGAGGAGUGUGUGACCCUGUGACCGGCAGCUGCACCUGUGGGCUGGGCUGGACCGGAACCAACUGUGACACGGAGUGCCCCACUGGAAGUUAUGGCGUGAACUGCAAGCACCAAUGUGCCUGUGAGAACGAUGGUGUCUGUGACAAAGUGACGGGAGAAUGUCGCUGUGAACCAGGAUUCUAUGGCCACCUCUGUGAACACGCGUGUCCGUUGGGCUUCUAUGGUCAGCGGUGUCAGCAGCUGUGUGACUGCAGGGGCAACUCCCGCUGUGACCCCUCCACCGGACGCUGCCUCUGCCCCCCUGGCUACCACGGACCCCGCUGUGAAAGGGCGUGUGAGCAGGGCAGGUAUGGUGAGGACUGUUCCCAGGCCUGUGACUGUGAGGGUGCGGCCCCAUGUGACCACAGGACCGGCAGAUGCCUGUGUCCCCCUGGCAGGACCGGAGACCGCUGUGACAUCAGCUGUGGUCUACAUCGUUACGGUCCUGACUGUUCUCAGAGUUGUGAGUGUGCUCACGGAGGCCAGUGUGACCUGCGUAACGGCCGCUGCACCUGCCUGAGAGGCUGGUAUGGCCUGAGCUGCCGAGAAGGGGGCCCGCUGAAGUCUGCUCCUCAGAUCAACAGGUUGCCAGGGAGAAGAUAGGAGCACAGGAACACUGACUGCCUCUGAUGCUCAGGAAUCCAGAGCCCAUUACAUUACAUUACAUUAUAUUACAUGACAUUACAUGAUACUACAUGACAUUA